AUGGGUUUGGUCGCAUCGCUUCAGUGGCACACCACAAAGGCGGUGCAGGGGAUGGCGACGGCGAUGAUGGCGAUGAUGGCGAUGAUGACGAUGAUGGCGAUGGUGACAGAGCUUCCUCCAGUAGAAAGCUUCGUGCCUCCGCAUUCCCUGUUACAGCCAUGCAGCUUCGCAAGCUCCAGAGUGGUCAAACAUGCCUUGGCUAGACUCCCGGCUGGCGAGGGAUGGCAGCCUGCCACGAGGGGGUUCGGAGCGUCUUCCAGCAUUACUUCAGGAGGGCUCGGAAGCGCUGUUUGGGAGAGAUCCACUUUGCUAGCUCUCCGAGCCAAGAAGAGAGGAGGGAGGGGAGGGUCGCGGCCAACGGGUCAAAGACGAACCAGAGACGAGGAUGAGGACGAGGAUGAGGACAUCGAAACAUACGCGACCUGUCCCAUGUGCAGCUCAGACAUUUUCCGGAAGUUGGAGCCUCCGGAGUUGGCUGUUGAUGUGAGAGUGCAAUGUGAGAACUGCGGAAAUACGUUCAAAGUCUCGCCGGAGAACUGGAAAAAUAUCUCUGACAUCUACAAGGAGAACAAGAAGGCAAGCACUUUGACUGAUGAGUCCUUCUUCGAGAUGUUCGGAAAGGAGAAGUCUUUCAUACAUCCGGACUUGAAGUGA